GCGCGUGCCGGGGCCGGCGUCGGGGUCCAGGCUUGCAGGGGGCGGGGUCCGGGACGGUUGGGGCGGAGCUGGACCGUUGGGGGCCACGGGUGGGCGUCUCCGGGCCGAGCGGGGCUGCUGCGCCCGAGCGGUUGGGGGCGCGGAGGGCUGGAAAUCCCAGAUCACGCGCCCCCGGGCGCCGCCCCGCCCCCGCGCCUUGGCCUAGCGCGGUGGCGUCACAGUCGCGCAGUCCUGACUACGGCCUCCGGGCCUUUGUCCCCGGCAGCAGCGCUCGGGGUGGGGGAGCCAGGCGGGGUGGGAGACGGGCGGGUAUGGGCCGCGCGGGCGCAGGCUCCCCCGGGCGCCGCAGGCAGCGGUGCCAGAGCCGGGGCAGGCGGCGGCCGCGAGCCCCUCGGCGGCGGAAGGCUCCAGCGUGCAGGCGCAGGAGGGCGCGUCGCGGGCGGAAGGAGCCCUGUCCCCGCAGCUCGGGACCGGAGAUCCACGAAUGUCCCGAGUCCCAGGACCCGUGCGCGUCCCGGGACGACUGGCGCUGUGCGCGCUCCAUGCACGAGUUUUCCGCCAAGGACAUCGACGGGCACACGGUUAACCUGGACAAGUACCGGGGCUUCGUGUGCAUCGUCACCAACGUCGCCUCCCAGUGAGGCAAGACCGAAGUGAACUACACUCAGCUCGUCGACCUGCACGCCCGAUACGCUGAGUGUGGUUUGCGGAUCCUGGCCUUCCCUUGUAACCAGUUCGGGAAGCAGGAGCCAGGGAGUAACGAAGAGAUCAAAGAGUUCGCCGCGGGCUACAACGUCAAAUUCGAUAUGUUCAGCAAGAUCUGCGUGAACGGGGACGACGCCCACCCGCUGUGGAAGUGGAUGAAGAUCCAACCAAAGGGCAAGGGCAUCCUGGGAAAUGCCAUCAAGUGGAACUUCACCAAGUUCCUCAUUGACAAGAACGGCUGCGUGGUGAAGCGUUACGGACCCAUGGAGGAACCCCUGGUGAUAGAGAAGGACCUGCCCCACUAUUUCUAGCUCCACAAGUGUGUGGCCCCACCCAAGCCCCCUGCCCCCGCCCUCGGAGCCUUCCACCGGCACCCAUGACGGCCUGCCUGCAAACCAGCCGCUGGUGGGGCAGACCCGAAAAUCCAGCGUGCACCCCGCCGGAGGAAGGUCCCGUGGCCCGCUGGGCUUGGCUUGGCGCCCCCACCCCUGGCUGCCUUGUGGGAAUAAAUAGACAAAUUGGCC